UCUUCCAGCAACACCAGAUACUCGCGCCCGCCUUUCCACCCCUCCACAGCAGCAACACCAGCGACAUCCCAAUACUUCACGAUGGACGAUAGCACAACUGAGCUCACCGAGCGCUUCGAGCGCUAUUGUAAUACGAAAGACAAUGCUUUACCUCCCGAGGUGCUCGCAGAGUUACGGUUAAUGUUGAACUUAUAUUCGAUCUCUGCCGAGGAGUUGGAUUUCAAAUGGCAGGCCUACAUGAUGAAGAUUGGAGGGGAGGAGAACACUAUGGAUUUGAAAACAGUUCGAGAUUUCAAGAAGGUCACACAAGAUGCGCUCGAGAGGGAGAGUAGAGGGAAAGCGCAACAACACAAAAGUGACGCAAGAAAGGUUGCAUCAACACCAAGGACCGCGAAGGCUGGGGACAUGUACGAUAUGUUGGGUGGGAUGAUACAAACACCGCGUGCCGGCGGAGUGAAUGGCAGCGCAGCGAAGCGGAGAUCAAAUUUCGACACGCCAGCCAGCAAAGCGAAUAAGGGUCAUGAGAUGAGCUCUCCAGGAGGUAUUGUGCCUUCGAAGACAGAAGCUCACGACGGAACCACAUUUGACUUCUCCACCCGCAAAAACGCAGGCGGUAUCAGCGAGCAAUUGAACGGUCAUAUUGCUUUACCAGAACCACCAGAAGAAGAAGAAUACCCAAUGGAAGCACGCAUAAAGCUGAAAGCCAAUACGGAUAUGUCCAAAUUCUCCUACAAGACCAUGGCGAUGAAGCUUUCUGAAGCAUCAGAAGUCCUCGACGACCGCAUCGAUGAAUUUCGCCAAUUAAUACAAGACCACCUCAAACUUGAAGACAGCGCCUUCGGAAACCCGUCAUACCAAUCCCCGAGUGAGAUAAUCGCCGUUGGACGUAUAUGCUCAGACACAAGCGAAGGAAAAUUGAAUCCUGCGUCUCUUGUACUAGAAGGAUCACGGAGAUGGGGCUCAGGUCGACGUGUUCCACUUAAAGUAGAGACUCUGGUGUCAUAUAAUUUCUUUCCAGGGCAAAUUGUCGCAGUUCGCGGCACCAAUGCUUCAGGAAAUGCGUUUGUCGUCGCCGAGGUUCUCUCGCUCCCACUCCUGACCCAGCCCGCUACCACACCUGCCGAUCUCGAUGCCCACAAUGCACGCUACCUUGACUCUGCCGAAUCAGACCCUUCGAACGUGCGUCCUUUGCAAGUCUACAUAGCGUCUGGACCAUACACCACAGACCAGGAUCUAGACUUUGCACCUCUCCAUACACUUCUCGACAAUGCUGCGUCCGCAAAAGUAGAUGCUGUGGUUCUUCUUGGACCUUUCCUUGACGCUGAACACCCCAGCAUCCGCUCAGGCGACUUCGACAUUCCCUCACAUCUCACCAACCCAGACCAAGCAACUAUGACUGAUGUCUUCCGUCAUUACGUUUCCUCUCCCCUGCAAGAUUUCAUUGAUCGCACACCGAAAUGCAACGUCAUCCUGGUACCUAGCCUUCGAGACGCACAUCAUCAUCACGCCGCGUUCCCACAGGACAAGUUCUUGAAAAGGGAGUUGGGUCUCGGCGCAGCAGGUAAAAUGGUGCAGUGCAUCACUAACCCCAUGACCCUCUCGAUGAAUGAAUUCAUCAUGGGCAUGAGCUCUAUCGACAUCCUCGACAUGCUCCGCCGAGAAGAAAUCACGGGUGGCAAAGCAAAAGGCAUCAACCUUUACGAGAGAGGCGCCAGAAAUGUGAUCGAGCAAAGAACUUUCCUUCCCUUGUUCCCACCCACAGCCAGGGAGAAGCUAGCUGCGCCGGCGACAGUAGAAGAGAAUCUGCACAAAGAGGGAGGCGAGUCCGAGGGCAGUCUGCAAGGACCGUCUCCUUUCCUCCCUCUUGGUACUAUGAUGGAUACGUCGUAUCUCAAACUCGGCGAGAUGUUGAAUGUGAGACCUGAUGUUCUGAUCACACCCAGUGUGCUCCAGGGAUGUGUUAAGGUUGUCGAAUCCGUUCUCGUCAUCAACCCCGGUACACUGAGCAAGCGUCGGGCAGCGGGAACGUAUGCGCGCUUGGUCAUUCAACCCGCUAAUGUGAGCGACGAGGAGCGGGAGAAGGGAUCCGCUGUAGCGAACAAACUUUGGGAACGGACAAGGGUGGAUAUUGUCAAGAUAUGA